UCUCAAGAACCCCCUUGAGAUAAUAUCAAACAGCGAGUCUCACAGAAUCACCACUACCACAUCAUCAUCAUCAAACCCCGCCAAGAAGAGAAGAAGAAGACGAUCAAUUAUCAGCAUCAGGAAAGUGAGAAUGGGAGCAAAGAAGUCAUCAUUCUCAUCAUUCUGUGGCAUAUUCAAGUCGUGCUUUUCAAGUGGAAGCAGAGAUGAUUACUACUGGGAAGAUGGUCCCGGUGGAGAAAGGAUAUUUGCAAGUGAUGAAGACAGAGGCCGUUGGGUCGCAGAGCCUGGUAUUGACAGGAAAGCUUCUGCUUUCAUUGCUCGUUUCUAUGCCUCCCGUGUCUCAGACUCUGAGCAUCAGUUCGCUUCUUAAGCGCAAAAACAAGACAAGAACAAGAACCUUCCUUCUCCUCUUCUUUGAUUUUCCAUUCUUGCAAACUAGUUUUAGCUUUCUUCUCGAAAUUCUGACCAAUCUUGUUAGCUGGAAUAAUGUGGUCCUCAAUAAUGUAAAAACAUUUAUUCAUUUAUGUUAUUACGUGUGAUUUCAUUUA